AUGGAGGGCAACUUGGGGAUCUUGUACGUCUGCGGCGAGCAAACCGACGGGAAGAUUACAGUCGUGGACAGUCUACUAGGACGCAAAGUAAGAGCAAUCUGCGGCGGCUAUGACCGGUUUGUGGCGUUAGUAGACGCGUGGGAACUCGACUGGGCAGCCAGCAAAGAGAGGAACUUUGAAAGUCAAUUGGUAGAGGAAGGAUUGAAGGAUGUGAAAGUCCACCACGUCGCGGUUGGGAAGAAUCACAAUGUCGUGCUCUCGUUAGACGGUCAGCUUUUCUCGUGGGGUGAACCUGCUACUGGGAUACCACAUCGCGUCGUAACAGCGCCGGAACUGCUGUUCACUCAAGUAUCUUGUGGUAAACACCACUCUGCUGCAGUGACAGAGAAGGGAGAUUUGUACACGUGGGGUCGGAAUACUGAAGGGCAACUUGGUCACGUGUUCAAUACCCUUUCAAAAGAGGUUAAUGCUGUGGCUAAUGGUAUAUCUGCGUGGCCGAAAUACGUCGGGUUCUUUCUAGGCAAACCUCGCAUUGUAUCGGCCAGUUGUGGCAACACAUUCACCGCGGUUCUACUCGCGGAUGGGAGCAUUUACCUUAUCGGAGGCAGCUCACUUAGACCAGCCUCAUACACUAUUAAGAAAUCGGUACCAAGCUCCAAUACCUUCAACUUGCUACUGGAAAAAGGGUCGGGCGGAGAACCUUUUGUCGCUUUAACAAGCGGAUCGGAGCAUAUCUUAGCGGUAACAAACGUAGGUGAGGUAGUCUCGUGGGGGUUAAAUAUCUUUGGACAACUGGGGCACGGUAGAAAAACAGGACGAGGGAAAUCAGACGUUAAAGGUGGGAAAGCGCUACCCGGUAGUGUGUCUUGUGAUAGAGUAAUCAAGUGGACCAAGGUCUUUGCCGGCGCCAGCUACUCAGCUGCAAUUACUACCGAACAUCAGCUAUAUACCUGGGGAAAUGGAAGCUACGGACAGGGUGGCUACGAGCUGCGGAUACGCGGCAGUGGAUUCUGGGCUAGUGAGAAUGUUACGGUGAGGUUUGUGCCCCUGACGGAUGGUCAAUUACUUAGAGGUACGCUGGGAACAUUCUGUGAAGCUACGGGGGAGGUGGUUUGUCAAGUUCCGAAGCUGCGGCUGACGGGGGAAUACGCUGUCGAAGUGUCGAUGAACGGGAAGCAUUUCACCACCAACGGUAGGGUUUUUACGGCGUUUAAACGUCCACAAGUUGCUGGUGUGUCAGUGCUCGACGCUCGGUUUGAAGGCGGAGAGGAAGUUGCAGUCUCGCUUCGUGGUAGUCUUCCGGAGAUCUGUAGACACCCAAUUGUCAGGUUCGUACGCUGGUUUGACGAACGUUUAGUAAACGUUGACGAAGCCGAUGUUGCGUGUAGACUGCUACGUCUGACGUUACCUGCUCUACCCAGUAAUCAAGAGGGCAUUGCACCGUUCACUCUUGAGAUCUCGUACGAUGGAGAACCUCACGUUAUCUGGGCUCAUGACGCGCAUCUGGUUCGUGUAAGUCCCAACUCGUUCCUCACUAAUGAUCUGCCACAUAAAGUUACACUUGAAGUGCCAAACAUGCUUCCUCCUGAGGUAGCUCAGCUGUUGGUGACCAUCGAGCACACCUUUCCCAGAGAGGAUGAGGACUCGGAGCCUAUGAAUAUGUCGAUAGCUCUUAGCAUCGAUGGAGUUGAAGGGAACUUUGUGACGUGUACGAUUCCACGGCUAUCAGAGUGGCAAUGCAUCCCUCCAACUAAGAAGAAAGCUCAAGGUCUACUGACUGAAUGGUGGAAGAUCUACACGAAGACGGGGUUUGUAUCUCACCUGCACGUGUCUAUGAACUCCGGAAGAACGUAUCUGCCAGCUAAGCCCCAACUCGGAGGGAGAAGCCUCUCAACUGCAGCGCAAGUGUUCGGUAUGUUAGCCACGGGAACGUUGCUAAGUAUUUUCCCUAAUGUAGGGAUGGUGUCUGGAGGUACACAAGUAGCUGUUGCUGGCGAUUUCUUCCACUUCGAUACGCAAGAUGCGACUGUGAAGCUCAAGUGGAGAGACAGUAGCGUAGUAUUGCCAGCCAUUUGCUUGCGACCAGAGGAAUCCACGGAAGUUAAAGACGCCAACUCAAGUACCAGACGUGUGGUGUUCCGUACUCCACCGCUGCCGUUUCCCGAUGACUCAGCCACUGCCGCUGCAAUGGAUGACGGAAUGAUCCUUGGAGCUCGAGAAGAAGUCGAAGUGUUUGUAUCGCUGGACGGCGAGCAUUUCACAGAUGCUGGUUUGAGCUUCAUGUAUUGUGCAAUUCCCGAGAUUAAUGGAAUUUUCCCUCAAGAAGCAGAACCUGGAACUAGAAUGGUACUGACGGUGCAGAAAUUGAUCGCUACAUCUUCAGCAUGUGUGGUACCGGCAGAGAUCGACGAAGGAGCUCACACAGCAGCGUUUGUACUUCCAGAGCUCCCGAUUUCUACGCACGAACUUGUGCAUGUCUCGUUAUCACUCAAUGGUCAAGAGCUCACCGCGGUAGACACAGACUCCACUGUGACGACAAGUGAAGCAAAAAUGAGCUUCCUCUACAAAGGAAUCACAGCGUGA